ACGAGACGUCAGACGACUAACGGUAAACGCAGCGACGGUGAUAAGCCAAAAAAGAAAGAAGGAGAAGAAAGAGAGAACGAAAGAAAGAAAGAAAAAAUAAUAAAACAACCAGAAAAACAGAAGGUCUUCACGAUAAAUAGAGAGACGGAUUGGAAGAUGGAGGGAGAGAUAGGGACGAAGAGAGCAAAGUAGGGUUUUUGAUUCACUCUUUCGAUCUGGUAUUCUGUAAUUGCGAUCUGUUUUUCAGAAACUUAGAUUGGAUCACGUUGAAUGACGUUAUUGAUUGCCGAUCUGGUUUAAAAAUAUAUGCAAAUGUUCCGAUACGGAGAAGAGAAAAUUCGUAAACGAAGUUGAGUUUUUGGAAACAAUAUUGGGUGCCAUGUCGGACGGUGUGUCGGUAAUUCCGACAUUUGUCCUUCGGAACCUUGCGGACAAACUAUAUGAGAAGCGCAAGAAUGCUGCACUGGAGGUCGAAGGGAUUGUGAAGCAACUUGCGGUUGCCGGAGAUCAUGACAAAAUAUCGACCGUUAUCAAAGUAUUGACCACAGAGUUCACUUACUCGCCACAGGCGAACCACCGUAAGGGAGGUUUAAUAGGACUUGCUGCUGCAACAGUUGGUUUGACAACAGAAGCCGCUCAGCAUCUUGAGCAAAUUGUACCACCUGUGCUCAAUUCCUUUUCUGACCAAGAUAGCAGAGUUCGCUAUUAUGCUUGUGAAGCUUUGUAUAACAUUGCAAAGGUUGUAAGAGGUGAUUUCAUUGUGUUCUUUAAUCAAAUCUUUGAUGCACUAUGUAAGCUCUCAGCAGACUCAGAUGCCAAUGUACAAAGUGCUGCACAUCUUUUAGAUCGGCUUGUCAAGGACAUUGUAACUGAAAGUGAUCAAUUCAGCAUUGAAGAAUUUAUACCAUUGCUAAGGGAGCGUAUGAAUGUCUUAAAUCCUUAUGUCCGCCAAUUUUUGGUAGGAUGGAUCACUGUACUUGAUAGUGUUCCAGAUAUUGAUAUGCUUGGCUUUCUUCCAGAUUUUCUUGAUGGAUUAUUCAACAUGUUAAGCGAUUCUAGCCAUGAAAUUCGGCAACAAGCUGAUUCGGCACUUUCUGAAUUUCUUCAAGAGAUCAAGAAUUCUCCAUCUGUAGAUUAUGGUCGCAUGGCUGAAAUAUUGGUACAAAGAGCAGCUUCUCCGGAUGAAUUCACUCGGCUGACAGCUGUCACAUGGAUAAAUGAAUUUGUAAAACUUGGUGGAGACCAGCUUAUUCCUUACUAUGCUGAUAUUUUGGGAGCCAUCUUGCCCUGCAUUUCUGAUAAAGAGGAGAAAAUUAGAGUGGUUGCUCGUGAGACCAACGAUGAGCUUCGUGCAAUCAGGGCUGAUCCGGCCGAGGGAUUUGAUAUUGGAGCUAUCCUCUCCAUUGCAAGGAGGCAACUAUCUAGUGAAUGGGAGGCCACUCGGAUUGAGGCAUUGCAUUGGAUUGCAACCCUCUUAGCCAGACACCGUUCUGAGGUUUUAUCUUUCUUGGAUGACAUAUUUGACACCCUUCUUAGAGUGCUAUCAGAUCCUUCUGAUGAGGUAGUGCUCCUGGUACUUGAAGUCCAUGCAUGUAUAGCAAGAGAUGCGCCUCAUUUUCGACAUCUUGUUGUUUUCCUAGUGCACAACUUCCGGGUUGAUCACUCACUUCUUGAGAAGCGUGGUGCUUUAAUAAUCCGCCGUCUUUGUGUGCUUUUGGAUGCUGAACUGGUUUACCGGGAGCUCUCAACAAUCCUUGAGGGAGAAGCAGACUUGGAUUUUGCAUCUAUGAUGGUUCAGGCCCUGAAUUUGAUUUUACUUACAUCAUCUGAAUUAUCUGACCUGAGAGAUCUCCUAAAACAAUCUCUACUGAAUGCUGCUGGGAAGGACUUAUUUGUGUCCUUGUAUUCUUCCUGGUGCCAUUCACCAAUGGCAACAAUAAGUCUUUGCUUAGUAGCUCAGGCAUACCAGCAUGCAAGUUCUGUCAUUCAGUCUAUGGGGGAGGAAGAUAUCAAUGUCAAAUUCCUGGUCCAGCUUGACAAAUUGAUCCGCUUGCUGGAGACGCCAAUAUUUGCUUAUCUAAGAUUGCAGCUUCUUGAACCUGGAAGAUACAUAUGGUUGUUGAAAGCAUUGUAUGGUCUACUGAUGUUGCUACCCCAGCAAAGUUCAGCCUUCAAAAUAUUACGGACUCGACUGAGGACCGUACCUUCUUACUCCUUUGGUGGUGAUCAAUUCAAGCGAACAUCAUCAGGAAAUCCAUACCAGAGUUUACAUCAGAUACCAAGUGGAUCACAGAUCAUGGAGGAUGUUGACAGAAAGCAGGAUACAGGGAAUGCACAUAAUGGGAUUAACUUUGCUUCACGACUGCAACAGUUUGAGCACAUGCAGCGCCAACAUCGAAUGCACUCAAAAUCAGAGAUGCAGUCCCGGAAUUCCACUUCGUCUUCCUUAUCACAGGAGGGGCAAAGAUCAGAAGAAAACCGUAGACCUUCAUCAGUGCCAGAAAUGAACCGUCCUCCUUCAAGAUCAUCAUGGAGAGGCUCAGGACAGUCGCAAUAUUGAUUAUGUUGGUUUUUCUUGGCUCCGAUUAGGUUUCUAUUCCACCGAUCUCAGUGUUCCUGUGGAAUAUUAUUUAUCAGAUCCAAUUUUUUGCGAGCCAUGAGUGAGAUCUGGUGUAAUUGUAAAAUUGUAUAUCAUAGAGGUUUGUUGUGUUGUGUUUUUGGAGGGUUGGGGUGGGUGGGAAUUGGGGUUACUCGAGAUUGAGCUUUGGCUAUUGCCAAGCCUAUUCUUUUCCACUUGCAAACUGGGGCAUGCUCAUGUGGUUCUGUUAUUUUUUCAAUUGAAGACCAUGUGAGCAGCAAGGGAAAAUUCGAUAUUUAGGGUCUGCAGUUAACAGAAAUCUGAGAAAAAUAAGUCAUUCAAGGAAUUAUGUACAUUGUUGUCUUUUGCUAAUGUUCAUAAGUAAAUUAUCAUUAUUUUUUUGUUUGCUGAUCA